AGAGAGCAUAAGCACUCAAUCCUCUCUGAUUUACUCAUUUAAGUUCAUGUACCUGGUACAGAGGAAAGAGUAGCAAAACACACAAAAGAAGAGCCAGGCAGAACUUAGAGGAGCUUCUCUGGAGAUCUGCAUCCAUGCUAAUCCGUAGCAGGUGAAAGCGGUCCCUCUCUUUGUCAUCUGUGUCGGAUAUGUCCGUGGAGGAUGUCAGCAGUACCGGAGUUGUGGUGGACCCUUGUGAAACCCAGAGCCAGGAUGGGAUUGUUUUGGUCCAGAUGGCUAGUCUCUCCAUGCAUAUGUUUGCUCCAGCGGACUUUAAAGGGAAGUUCAGGAAGAUCCAGCCAAAGAAAAGACCCACUAUCUUCCAAGAAGCAUCCCCCGUAGGAAAGCGCCCCAUCCCCCAAGUGAGCAGCACUCUAGGCGAGAGGAAAGGUCCCGUUUGCACUAUGCCAGUUACCGUGGACCCUGAGAGCAAACCGGGCGAGUAUGUCCUCAAAAGCCUGUUUGCCAACUUCACCACCGUGUCUGAACGCAAAAUACGCAUCAUCAUGGCAGAACCACUGGAAAAGCCCCUCACCAAAUCUCUACAAAGAGGAGAAGACCCACAGUUCGAUCAGCUGAUCAGCACUAUGAGCUCACUUGCUGAGUAUUGUCUUCCUUCCAUCUUGAGGACGCUAUUUGACUGGUAUAAAAGACAGAACGGCUUGGAAGACGAGUCCCACGAGUAUCGCCCACGUGCAAACACCAAGUCUAAAAAUGACGAACAGCAGAAAGAUUAUCUAAUGGAAAGGAGGGACUUAGCAAUAGACUUCAUAUUCUCACUGGUGCUUAUUGAGGUUUUAAAACAGAUCCCUCUCCACCCUCUUCUGGAUGGCCUCAUUCAGGAAGUCAUUAACCUGGCCUUCAAACACUUCAAGUACAAAGAGGGGUACCUUGGGCCCAAUACAACCAACAUGCACAUAGUGGCUGAUCUGUAUGCAGAGGUUGUCGGUGUCGUGGCCCAGUCCAGGUUUCCUGCAGUGAGGAAGAAGUUCAUCUCAGAGUUGAAGGAGCUAAGGCAGAAAGAACAGAGCCCGCAUGUGGUCCAGAGCACCAUCAGCCUCAUUAUGGGGGUCAAGUUCUUUCGCAUUAAAAUGUACCCAGUGGAAGAUUUUGAAGCGUCUUUCCAGUUUAUGCAGGAGUGUGCUCAGUAUUUCUUGGAGGUGAAAGAUAAGGACAUUAAACACUCUCUGGCUGGACUCUUUGUAGAGGUACUCGUCCCUGUAGCCGCAACUGUAAAGAAUGAGGUGAAUGUGCCCUGUUUGAGAAACUUUGUGGAAACCCUCUACGACACAACGUUAGACCUGUCGUCCAGGAAGAAACACUCUCUGGCUCUGUAUCCAUUGGUAACGUGUCUGCUGUGUGUGAGCCAGAAGCAGAUCUUUCUAAACAGAUGGCACAUCUUCCUCAACAACUGCCUGUCCAACCUGAAAAACAAAGACCAUAAAAUGGCCCGGGUGGCACUUGAAUCUCUCUAUCGGCUGCUGUGGGUCUACAUGAUCCGAAUCAAAUGUGAAAGCAACACUGCAACACAAAGCCGCCUUACCUCAAUCAUAUCUACACUGUUCCCUAAGGGUUCCCGGAGCGUCGUUCCUCGAGACAUGCCGCUCAACAUCUUUGUCAAGAUAAUUCAAUUCAUUGGCCAGGAAAGGCUGGAUUUUGCAAUGAAAGAAAUAAUAUGUGAUCUGCUGAGUGUUGGGAAAUCAGCCAAAGCUUUUAGUUUAAAUCCAGAGAGGAUGAACAUUGCUCUGAGAGCAUUCCUCGUCAUAGCCGAUAACCUGCAGCAGAAAGAUGGUGAACCCCCCAUGCCGAACACAGGGGCCACUUUGCCUUCUGGGAACACGCUGAAGAAGAAAAAAACCUACCUCAGCAAAACUCUAACUGAGGAGGAAGCAAAACUUAUAGGUAUGGCACUGUAUUAUUCCCAGGUCAGGAAAGCCAUUGAUAACAUCCUGAGGCACUUGGACAAGGAGGUCGGCCGCUGCAUGAUGCUCACCAAUGCCCAGAUGCUUAACAAGGAACCUGAGGACAUGAUCACCGGUGAGAGAAAACCAAAAAUUGACUUGUUCCGGACGUGUGUUGCGGCCAUUCCCCGAAUCUUGCCAGAUGGCCUGUCCAAAAUUGAGCUCAUUGAUCUCUUGGCCAGGCUGACGGUCCACAUGGAUGAUGAACUCAGACUCAUUGCCCAGAAUUCCCUGCAGAGUCUGCUGCUGGACUUCUCCGACUGGCGAGAAGAUGUGCUGUUCGGGUACACUAACUUCCUGCUGCGUGAAGUGCAGGACACACAGCAAGGCCUGCAGGAUUCGUCUGUUAAACUGCUGCUGCAUUUCCUAACUCAGUGGAGGCUGGCGAUACAGGCGCCUGGAAAACGUUCUGCGGAGAGCAGCGGGAGCUCCAGACUGCCGCCUGAGCGCAGUCCUCACUCCACGGUGCUGCACGCUGUGGAGGGUCUGGCCCUGCUGCUGCUGUGCUCCUGCCAAACCAGUACCCGCAAACUGGCUGUGUCUGUCCUCCGAGAGAUACGCUGCCUGUUUACAGCCAUCGGACAAGCCGAGGAUGACGAUAAAUCCAUGAUCGAGGUUAUGGACCAACUGGCCCCCAGCGUGCUGGAGAGUUUCGUCCAUGUGGCUGUCUCCGACUCUGCCACCCUGCCCAUGAGUCAUCACGUGGACCUGCAGUGGCUGGUAGAGUGGAAUGCCCGCCUGGUUAACAGCCACUAUGACGUAAAGAGCCCAUCUCACGUGUGGAUCUUUGCCCAGUCUGUGAAGGACCCCUGGGUGCUCUGCCUGUAUAGCUUUCUUAGGCCGGAGCACCUGCCUAAGCACUGCUCCACGGCACUCAGCUAUGCCUGGCCUUACGCCUUCACACGCCUACAGCUGCUUAUGCCGCUUGUUGACCCAAACAUUCCCGUUUAUGCCAAAAAGACCAGCACGCCUGGAUCAGCCGAUGGCUACGUGAUGUUGUGGAGGAAUUACCUGAUAUUGUGCCUUGGUGUUGCCAAACCUAGUAUCAUGAGUCCAGGUCACCUGAGAGCCUCUACACCUGAAAUCAUGGCAACCACACCUGAUGGCAGUGUCACGUAUGACAACAAGGUGAUAGGCACACCAUCAGUGGCAUGGCUCCUGAAACAGCUGGUUCCUCUCAUGAGAUCGGAGAGUUUAGAGAUCACAGAGUCUCUCGUCCUAGGCUUUGGGCGAACAAAUUCCCUUGUGUUCAGGGAGCUGGUGGAAGAACUCCAUCCUCUAAUGAAAGAAGCUCUGGAGAGGAGGCCUGAGAAUAAGAAGCGUAGAGAGCGAAGAGAUCUGCUCCGGCUGCAGCUGCUGCGUAUCUUUGAGCUUCUUGCUGACUCAGGGGUCAUCAGUGACAGUACCAAUGGGGCAUUGGAACGAGAUUCCCUGGCUCUAGGAGCCCUUUUUCUCGAGUAUGUGGAUCUCACCCGGAUGCUCUUAGAAGCAGAGAAUGACAAAGAGCUGGACAUUUUGAAAGACAUGAGAGCUCAUUUCAGUGGAAUGGUGGCAAACCUCAUCCAGUGUGUUCCAGUCCACAACAGGCGGUUGUUGUUUCCCCAGCAGAGCUUGAGGCAUCACCUCUUCAUUCUCUUUAGCCAGUGGGCCGGACCCUUCAGUGUCAUGUUCACACCUCUGGACCGCUAUAGUGAUCGCAACCACCAGAUCACACGCUACCAGUACUGUGCUUUGAAGGCUAUGUCAGCGGUAUUAUGUUGUGGCCCUGUGUUCGAUAACGUGGGCCUUUCUUCAGACGGAUACCUCUACAAAUGGCUGGACAAUAUAUUAGCCUGCCAUGAUAUCCGGGUGCAUCGGCUGGGCUGUGAGGUUGUUAUCCUGCUCCUGGAACUGAACCCAGAUCAGGUGAAUCUUUUUAACUGGGCUGUGGAUCGCUGCUUCACUGGAUCAUACCAGCUCGCUUCAGGGUGCUUCAAAGCUAUUGCUACUGUGUGUGGUAGCAGGAAUUAUCCGUGUGACAUUGUAACCCUUUUGAAUCUGGUGUUGUUUAAGUCAUCUGACACAAGUAGAGAGAUUUACGAGAUAUCCAUGCAGCUCAUGCAGGUUCUGGAGUCCAAGUUGUCCGUAUACUCAAAAAGGACUGUGGGACAAAAAUCUGGAAAUAUCCUGUAUGGCACACAUGGUCCUUUACCACCACUAUACAGCGUUUCUCUUUUCCAGCUCUCAAACCAGCUGGCCUGCAUGUAUCCAGAACUCACCCUGCCUCUCUUCUCGGAGGUCAGCCAGAGGUUCCCCACCACUCACCCUAACGGCAGACAGAUCAUGCUGACCUACCUGCUGCCGUGGCUUAAUAACAUAGAGCUGGUGGAUACAGGACUGCUCCCCCCAACCUCCAGCCCAUGCACUCCAGAGGAGGAGACUCGUGGCCAGGCUGACAACCUAGGAAUCACCCACAGGCUCAAAGGCAACGGCUGGGGCUCUCUGCAGGCCACCUCACUGGUCCUAAACAACCUCAUGUUCAUGACUGCAAAGUAUGGAGAUGAAGUCCCAGGUCCUGAGAUGGAGAAUGCCUGGAAUGCUCUUGUGGCCAAUGACAGGUGGAGUAACAACCUGAGAAUAACGCUGCAGUUCCUCAUAAGCUUGUGCGGAGUCAGCAGUGACACUACACUGCUGCCAUAUAUUAAAAAAGUGGUGAUAUAUCUGUGUCGGAACAACACCAUUCAGACCAUGGAGGAGCUGCUCUUUGAGCUUCAGCAGACAGACCCAGUAAACCCAGUGGUCCUACACUGUGACAACCCACCAUUUUACCGUUUCGUUGCCAGUAACAAGACCUCUGUUGUGGCCUCAGGCACAACAUCUAGCAGUAAUACGGUAGUACCUGGACAAGAAAAUUUCCAGGAGACAGAUGAGGGAAAGAUCACUAGAGAGAAUGAAGAGAGGUUGAGCAGCAGAUCCCGGGCUCAUAACCGUCUGGAAUCACGCUACAGCAACAGCUCAGGAGGUUCUUACGAUGAAGAGAAAAAUGACCCUUUGCCUCCAUAUGCUGCCUGGUUGAUAAGUGUAUUGGAAAGUGACAGACCUCAGCCUCUUCCCAUGCCUGUGAACGGAGGCUGUUGGGCCCCUCUGGUGGACUACCUGCCUGAGACCAUCACCCCACGGGGACCCCUUCACAGGUGUAACAUAGCUGUGAUCUUCAUGACGGAGAUGGUUGUGGACCACAGUGUGAGAGAAGACUGGGCACUACACCUGCCACUGCUUCUUCAUGCUCUCUUCCUAGGUUUGGAUCAUUACCGGCCGGAGGUUUUUGAGCAUAGCAAGAGGUUACUCCUGCAUCUCCUCAUCGCCCUCUCUUGCAACAACAACUUCCAGGUCAUUGCCUCUGUCCUGUUACUAACCAGAGAGAUUGGUGACAACAAGACCCUCACCGUUAAAUCCAGCUACCAGCCUGAAUACCUCUACACAGGGGGGUUUGACUUCCUGCGGGAGUGGCAGGCAUCACCAGUGGCCGAUUCCGGACUUAGCUCGUCUUCCACCUCCUCUAGUGUGAGCCUGGGAGGAAGCAUCGGAAACCUGCCACAAAUCACAGCUGACCUGGAGGAACUAGACGAGUCCUCCAUAGAAUCAGAGGAGAAAACCAACAAGCUCAUUGAGUUCCUCACCACCAGUGCAUGGAGUACUGUCCUGUCCUUACUCAGGGCAUUCGGACCACUUUGGUGCCAUGAAGACAUCACGCCAAAGAACCCCAACUCUAAGAGUACCGAGCAGCUCACCAACUUUCUCCGGCAUGUGGUUUCUGUGUUCAAGGAGUCCAAAUCAGAUUUCCAUCUAGAGCAUCAGCUGAGCGACGUUGCUUUGCAGACGGCACUCUGCAGCUCCUCCCGCCAUUAUGCCGGGCGCUCGUUUCAGAUCUUCCGUGCCUUGAGACAACCACUCUCUGCCCAUGCUGUAUCUGACCUGCUCUCACGCCUUGUGGAGGUUGUGGGGGAACAUGGGGAUGAAGUACAGGGUUACGUAAUGGAGAUUUUACUCACUCUGGAGUCUGUUGUGGAUAAUUUAGCUGAAUGUCUGAACAACAGUGAACUUAUGGCAGCUUUGACGAGAGAUUCCUCUCCAGAGUUCCUGGUUAGCGGGAAGCUCAACCCAAACCGUAACAGCACAGGGCAGCUGAACCUGCAGCAAGAGGGUGGGACUAACGAGCGGAACAAGCACCAGCGCAGUUACUCCGUCCCCAAGAAGUUCGGCGAAAGUGGAGAAAACUCAUCCUCCAACCCUCCUCGCAGCGCCACGCUGGACCGCAUCCAAGCCUGUACCCAACAAGGUCUUGCCCGAUCAGCCCGCAGUACAUCCUCAAACUCUACCCGUGCAGACACAAGUGUCAUCACCGACCCCUCCCACUCCAGUCACCCCGCCAACCUGCUCGCCACCAUCUUCUGGGUGGCGGUGUCGCUCAUGGAGUCAGACUUUGAAUUCGAGUACCAGAUGUCAUUGAGGCUGGUACACAAACUGCUGGCACGGGUUCCAUUGGAUCUGCAGGAGAACAGGGAGAGACUAGAGAAACUCCAGGCCCAGCUGAGGUGGAGUGGCUUUUCCGGGCUGCAGCAGCUGCUCCUGAAGGGAUUCACUUCUCCAGCCACGAAUGAUCUUACGCUUCAGCUGUUCUGUCAGCUUACACCUGUUUCUCGAGUGCCAGUAGUCGACACAUCGCAGGCUAUAGGUUUUCCUCUGAAUGUGCUUUGCCUGCUGCCUCACUUGGUGCAACAUUUCGGUAGCCCUACGCAGUUUUGUAAAGAAAGUGCUGAGAGGAUUGCACAGGUGUGUCUGGAGGAGAAAGACAAGAACACUAAACUUUCUCACCUAGCGCAUGUAAUGACUCUGUAUAAGACUCGUUCUUACACCAGAGACCCCUUCUCGUGGGUUAAUGUAGUGUGCCGCUACCUGCAUGAGGCCUUUUCGGAUAUCAUACUCAAUCUGGUGACAUAUAUGGCUGAGUUGCUAGAUAAAGGAUUACCCAGCAUGCAACAGCCCCUACUGCAGAUCAUCUACAGUCUGCUGAGCCACAUGGAUUUGGCAGGAAUUCAGGUCAAACCUUUCAAUGUAGAGGUGCUAAAAACCAUUGAGAAAUUUGUACAGACGGUUCACUGGAAGGAAGCUCUGAACAUUUUGAAGCUGGUUGUUUCCCGUUCGGCCAGCCUAUCCCUGCCGUCCUACACCCAUGGUGACCUAGCCCACCUGGAGGUUAGCCGUAUGAUGUGGGAUGGCUCAUCUAAAGCCCUGCCAGGAAAGACACUGGAAUUCCAUUUUGACAUAUCUGAGACGCCUGUUAUUGGCCGCAGAUAUGAUGACCUGCAGGGAUCAGGAGGGAGAGAUGGGAAAGCCCGUGCGAUCGCAGUGACACGUAGCACGUCCUCCACCUCUUCAGGGUCCAAUUCAAACACCGUCUUGGUGCCAGUCAGCUGGAAACGGCCACAGUCAUCACAGAAGCGAACAAGAGAGAAGCUGGUGAAUGUUCUGUCACUCUGCGGACAGGAAGUUGGCCUCACAAAGAACCCAUCA